GUUGCGGGCGGAAGUGGGCGAAUUUGAAUCCUGCGAGCCGUUGCAUGGGGGCUGCUCGCGUUUGGUGCGCCGCGGCCCAGCGCGAGGAGGGUGAAGUGGCACGGCCGCUCUGGAACUUCUGCCCAGCGCGCUUCGCUUGUGUUUUCUGUCGGAAAAAUGAUGACUGUCCUAAUAAAUACGGAGAAAAGAAGACUAAUGAGAAAUGGAAUCUCACUGUACAUUACUAUUGUUUGUUGAUGUCAAGUGGAAUUUGGCAGAGAGGUAAAGAAGAAGAAGGAGUUGAUGGUUUUCUCAUAGAAGACAUCAGGAAGGAAGUAAAUAGAGCUUCUAAACUGAAAUGCUGUAUUUGCAAGAAAACUGGUGCUUCAAUUGGAUGUGUUUCGCCUAGAUGUAAACGAAGUUAUCAUUUCCCAUGUGGACUUCAGAGAGAAUGUAUUUUCCAGUUUACUGGCAAUUUUGCGUCAUUUUGUUGGCACCAUCGACCUAUUCAGAUAAUUACACCUAAUAAUUAUAGAGACUCCUUACCAUGUACCAUUUGCUUGGAAUUUAUUGAGCCUAUUCCAACUUACAGCAUUUUGCGAAGUCCUUGUUGUAAGAAUGCUUGGUUUCAUAGAGACUGUUUACAGGUUCAAGCAAUAAAUGCAGGAAUGUUUUUCUUUAGGUGUACAAUAUGCAAUAAUAGUGAUAUCUUUCAGAAAGAGAUGUUGAGAAUGGGAAUUCAUAUUCCUGAAAAAGAUGCAUCUUGGGAAUUAGAGGAAAAUGCUUAUCAAGAGCUUCUGCAGCACCAUGAGCAUUGUGAUGUUCGAAGAUGUCGUUGCAAAGAAGGGCGAGACUAUAAUGUACCUGAUAGCAAAUGGGAAAUAAAGCGUUGUCAGUGUUGUGGUUCCAGUGGAACACAUUUAGCCUGUUCCUCAUUAAAAUCCUGGGAACAAAACUGGGAGUGUUUGGAAUGUAGAGGUAUUAUCUAUAAUUCAGGAGAGUUCCAAAAAGCCAAAAAACAUGCAUUACCCAACCCUAAUAAUGUGGGAAUUACAGAUUGUUUGUUGGAAGAGUCAUCACCUAAAUUACCCAGACAGUCACCUGGAGCCCAGAGUAAAGAUCUACUAAGGCAAGGCAGCAAGUUUAGAAGAGAUAUUUCAACUAUAUUGAUAGAGUUAGGAUUCCAAAUUAAAAAAAAAACUAAAAGAUUAUGUAUCAACAAAGCCAAUAUCUGGAAUAGUGCCUUAAAUGGAUUCAGAAAUGAAACAUUUAAUCCUUCAUAUACAAUUGAAAUAGCAUAUGUUAGUGAAAAUGAUAAUUUUGGAAGAGAGCAUCCUGGAUCAAAGCAAGAAUUUCUGAGUCUCUUAAUGCAACAUCUUGAGAACUCAUCAUUGUUUGAAGGGUCCUUGUCAAAGAACUUGUCUCUAAAUUCUCAAGCUCUGAAAGAGAAUUUUUACUAUGAAGCUGGCAAAAUGAUUGCCAUUUCCUUGGUGCAUGGUGGUCCUUCGCCUGGAUUCUUUUCUAAAACCUUGUUUAACUGCCUUGUUUAUGGACCACAAAACACUCAACCAGUUUUAGAUGAUGUUUCAGACUUUGAUGUGGCACAAAUUAUAAUCAGGAUAAAUAAUGCAACAACUGUAGCUGACUUAAAGUCAAUAGUAAAUGAAUGCUGGAACUACCUAGAGUUUACUGGAUGUGUCAGAAUUAUAACGUCAAUAAGUGAUAAAUAUAUAUUGGUAAAAGACAUACUUUUCUACCAUGUAAUUAAGAGAGUCUAUGCGCCCUUUGAAAGUUUUAAGCAGGGUCUGAAAACUCUUGGUGUUUUGGAGAAAAUUCAGACUUAUCCAGAAGCAUUUUGUAGCAUCCUCUGUCAUAAACCGGAGAAUCUUUCUGCAAAAAUCCUUAGUGAUCUUUUUGCAGUACAUGCACUACCUGAUGUACAAACUUUGGGGUUUUGGAACAGUUACCUCCAGGCUGUUGAGGAUGGUAAAUCUACAACAACAUUGGAAGAUAUUCUUAUUUUUGCAACUGGUUGCAGUUCCAUUCCUCCUACUGGUUUUAAACCUACUCCUUCGAUUGAGUGUCUGCAUGUGGAGUUUCCUGUUGGAAACAAGUGUAAUAACUGUUUAGCGGUUCCAAUCACCAAUACAUACAAAGAGUUUCAAGAAAAUAUGGACUUCGCCAUCAGAAACACUCCAAGACUAGAAAAGGAAGAAAGCUCUCAUUACAUUGGACAUUGAAUUAUUUCUUUGAACAAAGAGAUACUUUAAAAGCUGCUAUUAAUAACUUUCUUUUGUUUCAGAAAUCUUUUUAUCAUCACUUUUGAACAAAUUUGGUAGCUUCUUGGCCCAAUAAAAUUUAUGCUAUGAACAUAAAGGAAUAUUUUGGCCAUUUAAGUUAAAUAAAUUGUUUAUUUAGGCAUACCAAUCAAAAUUGGUGAUUUAAAAAAAAUUUCUUAAUAUACAUGCUUCAUAAAUCUCAAUAUAAAUACUUUGAAAAUGGUUGUAGAGACUUUAUUUAGGUAUAGUGGCAUGGUAUAUGAAAGUAAAAACUUUGUUACUCACUAUUUUUAUAAAUUAGGAUUACCUAUAGGAUGCCACAAUUUUUCUAGGCUUAUUCAGUUUUCAAAUUAUUCCUAAUUUUAUUUUAAGGCAUUAAGUAGAAAAGCUAAUUGGUUACAUCUUGUUAUAUAAAUCAGAGGCAUCUAUUUUAGGUAUGUGUUAUUACAUAUACCGUAUGCUUUUCUAGGAUGGCAUUAAAUUAGUUGUUAAAAUGUUUUCAGAUUACUGAUUUAAUUUAAAAUGACCUACAUUUCAAUUAGAGUAUGCUUCAUGAGAAGUAUGAUAUGAAAAGCAGAAGUAAGCCAGGUGCAGUGGCAUGUGCCUGUAAUCUCAGCCAUGAGAGAGACUGAGGAGGGAGGUUCUCUUGACCCAGGAGUUAGACCACCCUGGGGCAAUAUAGCAAGACACCAUCUCAAUAAAUAAAUAAAUAAAUAAAGCAGAAUUGCACAUUUUUUCCCCCUGUAAUCUAGGGAUAUUCUAUAGGCCAAUAAACACUUCUGAGAUAGAUAAAAUGUAGUUGAAAAUACUUAAGAAACGGUGUCUUCUUUAAAGCCUUGGUUUUAAUCAUAAGAUUUAUUUUCCUGUAUCCUAUGUUUGGUAUGUCUGAUCCAUAAUCAUUUUAGGUAUUUGAAUAAUCUCUGUUGAUUGCCAUGUGGUAGAUUUGGCCAUUUGACCAUUAUUUAUUAUCAAGGUGGUUGUAUGCUAAGGUAAGCUGGAACCAUAGCAUUAUACGGUUGUCUUCAUUGCUUUUGAAUGUUAUCUGUUACUAUAUAAGCAAUGUAUAAAUAAAGUAAAAAAAAGAAGAAUGAAAAACCCAUUUAAUCUAACCAUGCAGAGAUAAA